AUGGCUUCUUCUAUUGUUGAUAAACCAUUACAUUUGGUUAAUUUUACCAAUUUUUCCAUAAUGGAAUAUGCGGAACAAUUUCCAGCACUAACUGGAAAUAAUAGUGUCAUCACCAAAAUAAAGAAAGGGUCUUUAUUAUUCAAUGAAAAAUUUGUUAGUAGGAUUUUCUUUCUUGAACCGACUGCUGACAACUCGUUCUUCGAGAUAUCAGCUGUUGUAAAAGCUGAAAUGAAAAAGAAGGAGACUUACACAGCAAAAGUUAGGAUUUCGCCUGAAUGCAAGGUUCUUAAUGCUAACUGCACAUGCAAAGCAGGAGCAGAGCCUUCCGGUUGUAAGCAUGUGUUUGCUCUUCUUCAUGCAGUUGAAGAUUACUCCACAAAAGAGCUGUAUGCUGCACCUACCGAGCGACUCCAGAGCUGGCACCAGCCGAAGUCCGUCACUCUGAAGCCAGAAAAAGCAUCAGAUGUGUUUAAGGCCAAUAUGCAGCUCAAAAACACUACGUUCAACUGGUCAGCACUAAAGGACACAAACAUUGCUUUAAUGCGAUGCUGCAAUGAUAGUGUGGAAGUACUGUACAGCAGAACAAUACCGUUGCCUGCCAUUGCUUUUGCGGGAACAAGCUCUGUUAUCGAUGAAAGCAACUUCAAAACUAAGGCAGAGGAACUUACGUUUCAUAAACAUUAUGUGUAUACAAUCAAUUCUAUGGUUGAACUUGAGAAAAAAACGAUGUUGCAAAAUUCCGAUGAAUGGAGGAAUAUGAGACUGAAAUACAUUACUGGCUCAAGUGUGCACUCCGUUUUAACAAGAAAGGCCGAUUUUGAAAAGCUUGCAGAGAGUAUUUUUCAUGACAAAAAAAGAGACUUGUCAAGAAUUGCUGCUGUCGCAUACGGGCAGAAUAAAGAGGGCUUCGUGCGGGACAGUAUUAAAAAAAAAUAUUUCCAGUAUACUAUGAGGAGGACAGGAUUAGUUCUCAAUCCAGCAUUACCAUUUUUAGCUGCAUCACCUGAUGGACUUCUAUUUCAUAAAGAGGAUGCAAUGCUUUUGGAAAUAAAAUGUUUAUAUAACCCGUUAAAUCUGAGCCUUGAAGAGCUAUUUUCUACUCGCGGCAGCAGCUUUUGCCUUGCAAGAAAUGACGGUGUGUACAAGCUGAAGCAUAAACAUUCCUAUUAUCGUCAAAUGCAAACGCAACUGGCAGUGUCAAACCUGACGAAGGGGCUCUUUGUAUUGUAUUAUUCAGUUGAUGGACAUGAUUAUUUUCAUGAAGAAGUAAUCCAGUUUGACGCAUUAGAAUGGGCCACCUGGGUUAUAAACUAUGUUUCUUGA